CAUAGGAUGACAUGACACGUCACAUGACUUAGCCGCCUGCCACGCGCUAUGCCAUAUUCCAGUUUGUGAAGUUUGAAUUAAUCUCUGUAAACUUUUGAUAACUCCGUGUGCGUGUAGUCUACAAGAUUAUACGUAUUUGAACUUGAUACGUUAUAACUAACUCCAUAAAUUAAAAUGGCAAAGAUCGUAAGUCUAGUUUUAUUCAGCAUUUUCGUUUCAAGUGGAUUUUGCUCAAGUUGUUCAAACUUGGAAGUAUCGUCAACUUCCUUCACAACCCAAGAUGCCACGAUAGUGAGUAAAAUCGGCUACAUAUCAGAAUUCACCGUUAAAUGCAGUUCUGGUAACGUUGGAAGCCUGUACGCGGAGGUUGACAACAAUAUUGUACCAGCUUCAGUUGUUGGAACCAACAAAUACCAGGUAAGCUGGAUUGAAGAUCCUAAGACUGCUCAAAGUGGAGAAAGAAAAGUGAGAAUUUUCAACGAAGAUGGCUUUGCUGCCUAUCGCAAAGUUUUGCGUGCAGGAGAAUGUCCUUCCACAGUUCCAGAACUGUUCACUGUCCUGGUGAAUCAUCCAGGAGCCUUCUCUGGACCUUGGCUGAAGUCUGAAUUCAUUGCUACUGUCGUGUCUCUCUGUGUGGCAUACUUUGCUGUUGCUUCGAAAGCAAAACUAUUAGAGUAGUUAGUGUAUUGAUAUGACACAGUGAGUUUGUAUUUUAACUAUGAAGUUUGUUAUGUUUUCUAUGAAAGAAAAUAAAUUAUUUUCUGAUAACUGCA